UGGAGGCUGGCCUCUCGCCCUGAGUGGAUCGCCUUCCUGGUCGAGGUUUAGAUGUUGACAUGCAAUAAAGCUGGAGACAGGAUGGUUGUGGAUGCACCUAAUUCCAACGGGCCUUUCCAGCCGGUGGCGCUUAUGCACUUCAGAGAUGUGGCCCCGGCAGAGCAGGAGAAGCUGUUCAUCCAGAAGCUGCGGCAGUGCUGCGUCCUGUUUGAUUUCCUGUCUGACCCUCUAAGCGACCUGAAAUGGAAGGAAGUGAAGCGGGCGGCGCUGAGCGAGAUGGUGGAGUACAUCACCCACAACAGGAAUGUCAUCACAGAGCCCAUCUAUCCAGAGGUCGUUCACAUGUUUGCAGUGAAUAUGUUCAGAACAUUGCCUCCAUCGUCCAACCCGACUGGGGCGGAGUUUGACCCAGAGGAAGACGAGCCCACACUUGAGGCUGCAUGGCCACAUCUCCAGCUCGUCUAUGAAUUUUUCCUUAGAUUUUUAGAAUCCCCUGAUUUUCAACCCAACAUAGCAAAGAAAUACAUUGAUCAGAAAUUUGUAAUGCAGCUUCUAGAACUAUUUGACAGUGAGGAUCCCAGAGAGAGAGACUUUCUCAAAACCACCCUCCACAGGAUCUAUGGAAAAUUUCUGGGACUGCGGGCAUACAUCAGAAAACAAAUCAAUAACAUUUUCUAUAGGUUUAUCUAUGAGACUGAGCACCAUAAUGGUAUAGCUGAACUACUGGAAAUACUUGGAAGUAUAAUCAACGGAUUUGCCUUACCACUAAAAGAGGAGCACAAGAUUUUCCUGUUGAAGGUUUUAUUGCCUCUGCACAAAGUCAAGUCACUUAGUGUCUACCAUCCACAGCUGGCCUACUGCGUGGUGCAGUUUUUGGAGAAGGACAGCACUCUGACUGAACCGGUGGUGAUGGCCCUACUCAAGUACUGGCCCAAGACACAUAGCCCCAAGGAGGUGAUGUUUCUCAAUGAGCUGGAGGAGAUACUAGAUGUCAUCGAGCCCUCCGAGUUUGUAAAGGUCCAGGAGCCACUCUUCAGACAACUGGCCAAGUGUGUGUCCAGCCCACACUUCCAGGUGGCAGAGAGGGCUCUGUACUACUGGAAUAAUGAGUACAUCAUGAGUCUCAUCAGCGACAAUGCAGCCAAGAUUCUGCCAAUCAUGUUCCCUGCCCUGUACCGUAACUCCAAGACCCACUGGAACAAGACCAUUCACGGCCUCAUCUAUAAUGCUCUCAAGCUCUUCAUGGAAAUGAAUCAGAAGCUCUUUGAUGACUGCACACAGCAGUUCAGGGCUGAGAAAAAUAAGGAGAAGGCCAAGUCAAAAGAACGAGAAGAAGCUUGGAUCAAGAUUGAGAACCUUGCCAAAUCAAAUCCACAGUUCCUUAUAUAUGUUGAUUCCUCUGACCUCAAUAGUCCUGUAGCAAUGGAGACGGAUGUUCCGUUGAUAGAAGAUGUUCAGAGGUUAAAAAAGACAGUUGAGGAAGGAGCCACUCAGUUACAGCGUGAGCAGCGAAAAGAGCGGCCCCUGGUGCGACGCAAGUCUGAGUUGCCUCAGGACAUCUACACCACGAAAGCCUUGGAAUGCCACCGCCGAGCUGACGAUAUGUUGACCACUCACGACGGACUCUAGGUCAUGUGACCUGUCGGCUCAAGAUUCAACUGUCCCCGCUAUCCCACAUCAGCCCCCAGGGGCCUGAAUAGUUGGCUCUGGACUCUGUGCACCCCCACACACACACACAUACAUACAAACAUAACCACCACCACAAGCCGUCCAAGCGCCGCAGUUCUGUUGGCUGUCAAUUGAUGGGCUAUUGAUCUCUUUCUCCUCCAUCAGUCUUCCUUGAAUACUUCAAGUUUCUCUCCUCAUCUCAGCUGCCACUCAUCCCCUCCUGGCCGAGGCCCAUAAAACACAGCACAUUCAGCACACUGGACUUUUGACCAGUGCAGUACAGUAGCUCUGUGUACACCUCUAUUAGAUUUUCUGCUUUCUCAGGUGUUAUAAUUUAGAGAAGAGUGGGACCGUGUGUGUAUGUCUCUUAAGCCUUUCUUGCUACACUCAUACGCGUUCUCAAUUAUUGACUUGUUCCCUUUUUUUCUCCAUCAUUUCUCCAUCUGAAAAGAAUGCAUCAUAAUCCCCCACCUCACUUUUCCCCCCACUCUUUCCUUCCAUCACCCCACUUCAAACUAAGAACCUGGGAGUAGACACCUUGUCACUAGUUCCCAUUUCCCCCUUGCAAACGUGUCCGCAGUGGAUCAGACGGAGAACUACUGACUGACGUGCUCACCGUCUAUGGAUCCUCUGUUAGCUACCACUUUGUUAUCCUUUCUGUUAAAGGGAACAACACACUGCGAACAGAGACUGUUGGUUUAAUGAAAGACGAAACAUUUCUUUCAUCUGUUGUAUAUUUUAUUUCUCUUGCUCAGUCCCAGGGACAUCUUGUCAGUGCCAAGGCUGUUGUCUUGUUUAUGCUUUGUUUAUUUCAUGGGUAUGUUUCUAUCUCUGUGACUUCAACAGGGACACUGGCUGAAGUGGACGUGUCUGUUGAUCGCCUUUUAUUUUCCAUUGCUGAUGUUUCAAAGAAGCUUUUUCUAAUUUUACAACACUCAAGACCAACAUGAGGCCUGUCCACAGCCUUGCAAUGUCCAGGAAGAUGGCAAGGAAUGGGGGCGGUUGUACCAUGGACACCUGACACUUUAUGUUUUAUUGUUUUGUGCCAUAUGCAGCUCAUUUAUCUUGUAUGCUUACUUUUCUACCACCUGUUCAAAUCAAUUGGAAAUGUUUGCAAACUCGAACAUGGUCGAGCUUUGAUGGUUCAAAUAAUGGUACUUGUUGUAAGAAAACCUGUAUGCAGUGUCAUUAAGUCACAUGCCACAGAAAGCCAUAUGUAUGCAGGUUUUCAUAAAGGUCCAUUGCUACACUGCUUGAUUUCACUGCUCUGUCUUCGCCUGUCUGGUCAAAGGUGGGCUGACUGGUGAAAUCAGCUGGUAUGAGUUUAGAUGGGAGUGGAAACCAGCAUACAGGCGGCUCUCCUUGGCACCUGAUUCGAGUGUCACUGGUUUAAUAUAUUGGGCUAAAGCUUGAGGUAGUGAUUUUGCUCAACAGCCCCGUGUCUUGUGCCCAUCUCAAGUUCCUUUUUUACCAAUGGACUUGGUAGGUUUGUUUGUUUUAAGGUGAAUGGGUUGGUAGUUCAAGUGGAAAUCAAAAUAUAUUUGGGUAAGCUGCAUCUGAUGCUCCUAUGAUAUAAAAGAAGGAUAGGUGGCGGUUUACAUAUUUGAUAAAUGAGACACUGGCAAGGGGCAGGGUUUUGUUCUCAUUUGAAUAGGAGAAGAGGCACAAAGCUGACCUUUGUACCGACAUGCAGGUUUGCAUUAGCCAUGAGCUGGUCAGUUGACUGAGCUGAUCUCUUGUUCAACCACAUUAAAUCUGUUUGCUGUUAGUGUUUAAAGCCCUCAUAUUGCAGGAGUUGUAAGAAUAACAUGGGCAUACGAAAGCCUAUCUUAGGUUGCCUUUUAUUGUGGGGAUUUGUUUUGAAUUUUUUCCAUAAACGAACUAGUAGUUUAAAAUGUUUUAUAUUUUCCAUAAAUACUAUUGCAACUACUCAGUAAAUGAGAUUUAAGUGGAGACUAAUUGGAACAACAAGCAAUAGUUGAGACAAUUUCGAUAUCAAAAUAAUCUGAACUAGGACUACCUAUAACGCACUUCCUGAAAACUUGAAGAUUGUGGCACAUUUCUGUUGUCAAUCUUUUCAUUUCCGAAAUCUGAUUAUUGUUUCUGUCUUCAUGCACACUGAAUAAUCCAGGUAAGGAAAUCAAAGAAUCAGUUCAUCUGGAUACAACGUUUACUGACAGAAUUCUGUCAAUACAUGUUGUAUCCAGGUGAACUGAUUCAACCUUCUUUGAUUAUCGUUUUUAUUGCAUUUGAAUCCUUCCUACUAAGUGAGUCCUUUGGUGUCUGAAAGGGGCAAAAACAUCAGUCGGUACCAUUGUUUGAACUAAAGGGAUUUGAAAGGUUUCUUCAUAUUCUGUUUGUUGUAUUUCAUUCUUGUCUUGUCUUCGGAGGGUGGCAGCAUGGAUGUCGUUUUUAUUUUGUUUUGGCCAAGGGGUAAUGCCCAAUGCUGAAGACAAACUGACAUUACAACUUGGCUGUAAUUCUAUUAAUACUGUAUUUGCUUGAUUGCAAAAAGAUGUACAUUUACAAAAAAACAAUUUAAACAUGUAUGUUUUCCCCCAGAGGAAUGACAUUCACCAAACUGAUUUAGUAUUCCCGUCAAGGUCAAUGCUUUUAUAAUACAGCCCUGCCUGCUGGGAGAGUUGUUUUAUGGAUUUUAUGGGUUUAGUCAGAAUUCUUUUGAGUUUUAUUUAACAAAAAAAAAACAAACAAAAACAAAAAAAAACAACAGAUCCAUUGUUAGAGAAGAUAUUAAAAAAAUUAUUUGGUGAUUUUUUUUUUUCUGAUUCUGCCGCAUCCUUGAAACUCUUGAAAACUUAUAGUUUUAACAUAUGACUUUAAAAAAAAGUAUGGUAACUUAACAAAGUGUCCUUUUAUAUGUGACCUGUACUAUAUGGCUUCAUUUAAUAUUGUACAUAUGAUUUACUUUGUUUCAUGUAGUGUUAUAUAUCUAGAUUAAUUUUGUACAAAUCGUCCCUCUGUACAGAAUAAACCAUCAACGGCAAGUGAGAAGUCAAUCUGGCACAUACCUUUUUACUUUCCCUUUUCGCUGUACUUUUGGAAACAUUAAGAAAUGUUAUGGUAUAUAUAUAUUUUUUUUUCCCUGUUUAAACCUGCAAAGUUUCCCCCCCUUUCUCUUAUUACCUUAAAAAUGUUCAUACCCAGUGUGUGAUCCUAUCACUGUCUUUAGUGGUGUACAACUAUAUAGAAUGAAUAAAGAGAUUAUUUGAAUUUA